CUCGGCGGGCUGCGUGCGUGUGUCCCUGUCCGCGCUGCUGAAACGGGCUCUUCGAGGGUUCGGCGUCACAUGACUCCGCCUGCCCCUCGCCAGCGCGCAGCUCGCCAGUCCCUCAGUUUGCCCGGCGCCGGGGGAGGGUCGGGUGGUAUCUCCCGGGCCAGGGGGCUCUGCGGAACGGAGAAGACGUUCUGGCGGGGAAUGGUACAUCUGGAUUCCAGAAGCCGCGGCUCGGCGCCAGAUCCCGGAGUGUAGAGAUUUGCGGGGGGAGGGGAGCGUGAGAAGGAGCGAGCCAGCGAGCGCCAGAGAGAGGCAGCGGGCAGCGCGCAGCGCGCACGGACGGGGGCUGCCGGGUGCCGCGCGGAGAAGAUGUAAGCGCGUGGAGUCUAACUGGCCUCCGAGCACCAUGCAGAAGGGGAUCCGGCUGAACGAUGGCCACGUCGCGUCCCUGGGACUGCUGGCACGCAAGGACGGCACGCGCAAAGGCUACCUAAGCAAGCGGAGUUCGGACAACACAAAAUGGCAAACCAAGUGGUUCGCGCUGCUGCAGAACCUGCUCUUCUACUUCGAGAGCGACUCGAGCUCGCGGCCAUCGGGGCUCUACCUGCUGGAGGGCUGCGUCUGCGACCGGGCGCCCUCCCCCAAGCCUACGCUCUCAGCCAAGGAGCCACUGGAGAAACAGCAUUACUUCACCGUGAACUUCAGCCAUGAGAACCAGAAAGCCUUGGAGCUGAGGACAGAGGACGCCAAGGAUUGCGACGAAUGGGUGGCGGCCAUUGCUCACGCCAGCUACCGGACCCUGGCCACAGAGCAUGAGGCACUGAUGCAGAAGUACCUGCACCUGCUGCAGAUCGUGGAGACCGAGAAGACGGUGGCCAAGCAGCUACGACAGCAGAUCGAGGAUGGGGAGAUCGAGAUUGAGCGGCUGAAGGCAGAGAUCGCGUCCCUGCUCAAGGACAAUGAGCGCAUCCAGUCCACCCAGCCCGUCACCCCCAAUGAUGAAGACAGUGACAUCAAGAAAAUUAAGAAGGUGCAGAGCUUCCUGCGGGGCUGGCUGUGCCGGCGCAAGUGGAAGACCAUCAUCCAGGACUACAUCCGGUCGCCGCACGCCGACAGCAUGCGGAAAAGGAACCAGGUGGUGUUCAGCAUGCUGGAGGCCGAGGCCGAGUACGUGCAGCAGCUGCACAUCCUGGUCAACAACUUCCUGCGCCCGCUGCGCAUGGCUGCCAGCUCCAAGAAGCCGCCCAUCACGCACGACGAUGUCAGCAGCAUCUUCCUGAACAGUGAGACCAUCAUGUUUUUGCACCAGAUCUUUUACCAAGGCCUGAAGGCCCGCAUCUCCAGCUGGCCCACUCUGGUCCUGGCCGACCUGUUCGACAUCCUGCUGCCCAUGCUCAACAUCUACCAGGAGUUUGUCCGCAACCACCAGUACAGCCUGCAGAUCCUUGCCCACUGCAAACAGAACCGCGACUUUGACAAGCUGCUGAAGCACUACGAGGCCAAGCCCGACUGCGAGGAGAGGACGCUGGAGACCUUCCUCACCUACCCCAUGUUCCAGAUCCCCAGGUACAUCCUGACGCUGCACGAGCUCCUGGCCCACACCCCUCAUGAGCAUGUGGAGCGCAACAGCCUGGACUACGCCAAGUCCAAACUGGAGGAACUGUCCAGGAUAAUGCAUGAUGAAGUAAGCGAAACAGAGAACAUCCGAAAAAACCUGGCCAUUGAGCGCAUGAUCAUCGAAGGCUGUGAGAUCCUCCUGGACACCAGCCAGACCUUCGUCAGACAAGGUUCCCUCAUCCAGGUGCCCAUGUCCGAAAAGGGCAAGAUCACCCGGGGUCGCCUGGGUUCUCUGUCCCUAAAGAAAGAGGGUGAGCGGCAGUGCUUCCUGUUUUCUAAGCAUCUGAUCAUCUGUACCAGAGGCUCUGGCGGGAAGCUUCACCUGACCAAGAAUGGAGUCAUAUCCCUCAUUGACUGCACCUUGUUGGAGGACCCAGAAAGCACGGAGGAAGAAGCCAAAGGAUCCGGCCAAGACAUUGACCACUUGGAUUUUAAGAUCGGGGUGGAGCCCAAGGACUCCCCGCCCUUCACAGUCAUCCUCGUGGCCUCAUCCAGGCAGGAGAAGGCGGCCUGGACCAGUGACAUCAGCCAGUGCGUGGAUAACAUCCGGUGCAACGGGCUCAUGAUGAACGCGUUUGAGGAAAAUUCCAAGGUCACUGUGCCGCAGAUGAUCAAGUCCGACGCCUCCUUGUAUUGUGAUGACGUGGACAUUCGCUUCAGCAAAACCAUGAACUCCUGCAAAGUCCUGCAGAUCCGGUACGCCAGCGUGGAGCGGCUGCUGGAGAGGCUCACGGACCUGCGCUUCCUGAGCAUCGACUUCCUCAACACCUUCCUGCACUCCUACCGCGUCUUCACCACGGCCGUCGUGGUCCUGGACAAGCUCAUCACCAUCUACAGGAAGCCCAUCAGCGCCAUCCCCGCCAGGUCACUGGAGCUCUUGUUUGCCAGCGGCCAAAACAACAAGCUCCUGUACGGGGACCCCCCCAAGUCCCCACGAGCCACCCGCAAGUUCUCCUCGCCGCCACCCCUGUCCAUCACCAAGACGUCGUCACCCAGCCGCCGGCGGAAGCUCUCCCUGAAUAUCCCCAUCAUCACGGGCGGCAAGGCCCUGGACCUGGCCGCCCUCAGCUGCAACUCCAACGGCUACACCAGCAUGUACUCGGCCAUGUCGCCUUUCAGCAAGGCCACCCUGGACACCAGCAAGCUCUACGUGUCCAGCAGCUUUGCCAGCAAGAUUCCAGAUGAGGGCGAUACGACCGCUGAGAAGCCUGAAGAACCCUCAGCUCUCAGAAAGCAGAGCUCAGAAAUCUCCAUGAGGGAAGAGUCAGAUAACGACCAAAACCAGAGUGACGAUGGUGACGCCGAGACUUCACCAACCAAGUCUCCGACCACACCAAAAUCGGUCAAAAGCAAAAACUCCUCAGAGUUCCCGCUCUUUUCCUACAAUAAUGGAGUCGUCAUGACCUCCUGUCGCGAGUUGGACAAUAACCGCAGUGCCCUGUCAGCAGCGUCCGCCUUUGCCAUAGCGACUGCGGGCGCCAACGAGGGCACCCCAAACAAGGAGAAGUAUCGGAGGAUGUCCUUAGCCAGUGCAGGGUUUCCACCCGACCAGAGGAACGGAGACAAGGAGUUUGUGAUCCGCAGAGCGGCCACCAAUCGCGUCCUGAACGUGCUCCGCCACUGGGUCUCCAAGCAUUCUCAGGACUUUGAGACCAACGACGAGCUCAAAUGCAAGGUGAUCAGCUUCCUGGAGGAGGUCAUGCACGACCCAGAGCUACUGACCCAGGAGCGGAAGGCUGCGGCCAACAUCAUCAGGACUCUGACCCAGGAUGACCCAGGCGACAACCAGAUCACGCUGGAGGAGAUCACACAGCUGGCUGAAGGCGUGAAGGCCGAGCCCUUUGAAAACCACUCUGCCCUGGAGAUCGCGGAGCAGCUGACCCUGCUGGACCACCUCGUCUUCAAGAAGAUCCCUUAUGAGGAGUUCUUUGGACAAGGCUGGAUGAAACUGGAAAAGAACGAAAGGACCCCUUACAUCAUGAAAACCACCAAGCAUUUCAACGAUAUCAGCAACCUGAUUGCUUCCGAAAUCAUCCGCAAUGAGGACAUCAACGCGAGGGUGAGCGCCAUUGAGAAGUGGGUGGCUGUGGCGGACAUAUGCCGCUGCUUACACAACUACAAUGCUGUUCUGGAGAUCACCUCGUCCAUGAACCGGAGUGCAAUCUUCCGACUGAAAAAGACGUGGCUCAAAGUAUCUAAGCAGACAAAAGCUUUGAUUGAUAAGCUCCAAAAGCUUGUGUCAUCAGAGGGCAGAUUUAAGAAUCUGAGAGAAGCUCUGAAAAAACAGUUGUUCCACCCAUCUGUGCUGUCCGGCCGUCUGUCCUCCGCCUGGGCUCCCCAGAGCCCCUGUGGACUGUGCUUGCGGGGUGCUGCCCCCAUGCAUUCACCAGCCUGUCCGUCCGCCCCCAGGGCGCUGCUCCAUCUGCCUCCUUCACAUGGCUUCCUCGUCCACCGCCGCCGCCGCCUCCUCUGCCUCCGUGGUCCCCCAUUCUGUCUGAGUCCCCAUCCUGACUGUCUUCCCUCUUUCGGGUUACCCGUGGGCCUGUGUAAGUGCCUCUCCCAGAUGCCUCUGCACCCUGCUCAUGGGGCGGAGGUGGCCUUCGGGCGUCCUGGGCACUAAGAUCUUUAUGCAAAGCAGGUUCCUGCCUUACGGGGAGGCAGGCCAGGCCAGGCAGAGGAAGGACAAGCUGUACCCUUUCUCUGGAGGCACUAAGGUUUACGCAUAGGGCAGUGUUGGUUAAAGCCUGGGGGUCGUCUCACCAGACAGGGCACAGGGGUCCGAGGGAGAGAGGUAGGGGUCUGUGGGCACAGCUGAUGACCCGUCCAGACUAGGAGCCCAUGAUAGGCCUCACCAUGUGGGUCCUCAGACCUGCUCAGAUGUUCUGGGCAUCCUUUUUAGCCUGUCAUCAAAACAUUCAGCCUUGGGAGUACCCCCUGUGGCUCAGCAGGUUAAGAACCUGACUAGGAUCCAUGAGGACACAGGUUCGAUCUGUGGCCUUGCUUAGUGGGUUGAGGAUCCAGCAUUGCCGUGAGCUGUGGUGUAGGUCGCAGAUGUGGCUCGGAUCUGGUGUUACAGUGGCUGUGGCGUAGGCCAGCGGCUACGGCCUCGCAACCCCUAGCCCAGGGACCUCCAUAUGCCACUGGUGUGGCCCUGAAAAGACCAAAGAAAUAAAAAAAUUCAGCCUUGGGCCAGCACACAGGAUGGCAAAUGGUCUGAUUACCUUUACCAGCCACUGCACCCCAAAAUCCUAGUCCCCAGCCACUCUCUUAAAUAUCCCCUGGCCCACCUACAACAGUUGCUGUGUGCACCCCUUCCUCGUCCCAUUCCCCAAACCACACCCUGCUGCUGAAGCCCACGAGACUGUCCUUCCUGUCAGCCGCCCACUGAGCAGAACCUUCCCACAGCUCCACGCAGCAACACUUGGCUGAGAGCUACAUUUGGCAGUACAAUUUGUCACCAGCUGUUGUGGGGUCAGUUCCGGUUUUGCCUGCCAGUCUAAUCUUAACCCAACACCCACUUGCUUAUCGAUACCUUUGUCCUCAGCUUGAACAGGAAGCCCACGGGAGGAACGCAGGAACCAGGCACUGCCGUAAAAGCCCUUCCCCUCUGCUCCCCUAAGUUGAGGAUGGAAGCGGGUCUGCCAACUGACCAGCAGGCCGUCCCCGUGCACCCUCCAAAGGACAGGGACCUCCAUCUAUCUGCAUGGAUAUGAUGGAUCCAAAGUCCUGGGGUUCCAGAGUUUCAGGGGCUCCAGCAAGACUAAAUACCUGUUUGCAUCUUUAUUUUCUGCCUGUGACCACAGAGCAAAGCCCAGUCUUCUGCUAGGGAACCAACAGAGCAGUUAGUGUCCAGGUGGCAAAAAGCAAGGAUGGACUCUGAGCCCCACCCCACUCCUGACCCAUGGCAAAAAAAAAAAAAUGUCCCUGCACCACGUGCUAGAACUGCAGAUCUUGACCCCAGGGACGCCAGCCCACACAGCGGAGGCAUGUAAGAGGGAGCAGCCCAUCCCAGAGCAGGGGCAGGCCAGAGAACGGUGACUGCCCGUUUCCUGGGGGUUUGGCAGAGAGCCCUCAGGCAGCUGCAUCUGGACUUCUGCUAUAACCCCCUUGUCAUCAUCAGGAAUUUCUUGGUAGAGAGAAACAUCAAGUUUGGGGGCCCCAAACAACCACAGACAAGCUCCAGAUGCCAGGUGUCACCAGACAUUGGCAUGUCAUGUCUAGGCACUGCCCAGAAAACCAGAAGCAGCUUUUAGAGUGGGGACAGGGACUUUCUCCCUGCUCCCUAAAAUGUCAGAUCCGGCAUGUGAGGGCUCUGCCAAAAGAGGAAGCCACCCCCAUAUCAGUUUUGUUGGCUAAGCCCCGAUCCAGGGCAAGGCUGGACCCCACCUGUCAGGGGCCAAACGCUUGCAUGGGAAAUUCAGAGCCGGCCAGAUGUUGGGUGUUUGCCUGCACGAAACCCCCUGCCAUGCCUCCCUUUUCACUAAGAUGCCCAGUGUGAGUCUGUCCCCACCCACUGCUGCCCUUUGGGGGCCCUCCACCAGCCCUCCCUACCCCAUACCCACCCCCACCACCCCCAUGCUGGCCACUCUGACAACCCCAUACAUUUACCUACAUGGCUCUGGAUUUUAGAUGGGUGUGUGCGUGUGCAUGUGUACACGACUGAAUUAGGAAGGCUGUUCCCUGGGCUCCUCCUUCAGGGCCCCUUGCCAUGAAGGUGGUAAACAGGGACAGAGUUUGGUACUGGAGCUGAUGGUGCCACUUACAAGUGACUUUAAAUUAGUGUCCAUCACCUUUUCGCAACUGGGUCAUGAGCCCCAUUAAAUCCCUCAGGGAAAUCCAGCUCAGUGACUGGAGGACCCCCUGGUUUUUUUCACUGCUCUAGGUGGUCAGAGAUCCUGUGAGGUGUUCAGAAACAUCCUGCACCCUUUAAUUACUCAGUCAAGAUGCAGUCACUUGGCCCCCGCUUACCCUUCCACCCCGAGAUAAGAGGUCCUUUGAGCUCGCCAGGCUAUCUGGUUACCAUCAAGGGCGGGGAGAACAGGGUGCCCUGCCUUAGCCUUCCAGCUGCAGAGCGAGCUCUCAGAACUUUGAACUCUUUGUCCAUCAGACCCACAAGCCUGUGCUUCAGACUUGGAGUUGGAUGGAAAGGAAUGAAAAGCCAGGCAUGGAAUAAUCAUGGAUUAUAAUGGCCACGAGAGCUCUGCCAGUGACCAACGUGAUUCUUGCUUUUGUUUUUUUCAGAAAUCACAGUAAAAAAAAAAAAUUAUAUUUGACAGUAUGACCUUGCAUAACAGGAACAAAAAUAUCACAAAGCAAUUUUAGUCCAUUCAGUGAACUCAUAUUUUCUAUUCUAUUCUUUUUUAAAUUUUUAAAAAUCUGGUCGACACCCGCUAAAUUGAUUUCAAUAUCACGAAAGAGUCAAGGCCUACAUUCAGAAAACAUUUCUCCUGUCCACUCUUUCCCAAACUCCAAGGAUCCACCUCCUUCAAGAUUUUGCCAUACGCAUGUGUCAGCUGUAUUUGCAUUUACCUAACAGCCUCCUUUAAAUUAAUUCACUAUAUCCCCAAAAUAAAUUCAAAUGAGGAACACUCUUUAUGACAACAGCAAGUGGGAGACGAGCUUAUGUGCCAUAAAUACACAAAGUCACCAUAAAAAAUAAAUACAGUGAAAACAAAAAGAUGUUAUUGAAUUAUGUCCAGAUCUUGAUGUUUACCAACACUCUGAUCCUAAGUGAGACCUGUUACUAUUUGUUCAAGAAGGAAAAAGAGGAGUUCCGUCAUGGUACAGCGGAAACGAAUCCGACUGGAAACCUUGAGGUUGCAGGUUCAAUCCCUAGCCUCACUCAGCGGGUUAAGAUCCAAUGUUGCUGUGAGCUGUGGUGUAGGUCGCAGACGCGGCUCGGAUCUGGCGUUGCUGUGGCUGUGGUGUAGGCUGGUGGCUACAGCUCCGAUUAGACCCCUAGCCUGGGAACCUCCAUAUGCGGUGGGUGUGGCCCUGAAAAAGCAAAAGAAACAAAAAAAGUGGGGGAGGAGAGUAUCAAGUGUUAGAAAGUGUCAAAGCCAUGCUAUCACCAAAUGAGCUCUCUCCUUGAGCACUAGAGAGGAAAGUGAAAGUCUAAUGUUUCUUAUCAUGUAAGUCAGUUUAUUUAAGGUGUCUGGGCAGCACCUAAAAUCAAAUCCCAGAUCACCUAGAGUCAUCUUAGCUAGCAUUGGUUCUUUUGAAGGAGAGGAACCUGAGGAUCAGAGAGGGAAAGAACUGGCCCAGGGUCACACAGCAAGCAGGCAAGGAACAGAGGCCAGGUUUUUAUUCUUGCUCUCUCAUCUUCCUGCUCACCUGCCUCUGGAGUGGCAGGAUGGCCACAAGGAGCCAGAGGUGAGAUGGCUAGAAAUGAAAGUCAUCUGUAAUGCGUGCAUCCGUGUGCUGAGCUGAGAGGCGGCUGCGGAGCACUGUGCAAGGCGUUUCCUGAAGGCACUCUAUGGAGCUCUGCCAGGGUACAGUGGCCGCUCCAUCCCAGAAUUGCUCCCCCCCUUUCCCAGCUCUCCCACCCAGAAGCAUCAGAACAAGUCAUGAAGAAAUUAACAAGAGCCCCUGCUUCUGAGCCACAGAUCAGAGAGGCCUGGCCCAUCGCCUCAGAUCCUAUCUCCCAAAAAGGCCGUCCCCAAGAGUCAUCGGUCGUGGGAGCUGUCACCCAACCCCCUGCCCAGAAGCCACACCCGGGACAGAAAUCUCAGAGGGCAAGGAUUUCCUGCGCCGGCAGCCCAGAGCUUGAGUGGGCGGAGAUCCCUGUCGGCACCAAGUCAAGGCAGAGAGGGCUCGGGGAGAGAAAGAGAUGGGAGGGCUGGGUGGGGUGGCUGGUGGUGAGUGGCAAGAAUGGGUGUGGGGGCUGAACCCCACCCCCAGGGAGGUGAUUCUAGGGUGGGAUUGGGAUAGUUUCAGUGGAGACACAUACUGGAAAGGUGGGCUGUGAGGGGCCAGCCGCUGAGCCCUGGGACCCCAUCUGGGAGGGAAGCAGACAGGUAGGAGAGGGCCUUCUGGCUAGGGGUGGAGGGGGUGAUUGAUGGGGAAGCCCCAGGCCCCAGCCACCACCAUGUCACCCCCAGCACCCCAGGGAACUGACCCUCACACCCAGCUGGCAAUCAGAGGCCCAAGAGCUGCUAUUAGUCUUGGUGAUUAAAAAUCCCUUUUCAGAGUUCCCUUCAUGGCUCAGCAGUUAACAAACCCCACUAGGAUCCAUGAGGAUGCAGGUUCGAUCCCUGGCCUUGCUCAGUAGGUUAAGGAUCCGGUGUUGCCGUGAGCUGUGGUGUAGGUCACAGACGUGGCUCGGAUCUGGUGUGGCUGUGGAAGAGCUCCAAUUCGACCCCUCGCCUGGGAACUUCCAUAUGCUGUGGGUGCAACCCUAAAAAGACAAAAAAUUGAAAAAUUGAAAAAGAAGAAGAAAUCCCUUUUCCUCCAGCAAAGCGGGAGCUGCAUGUGGGAUGUUCUUUCUUGGUAGAGGCUCAAGUUUUUAAGUGAAAAAUGUCUGUUAAUGC